GUUUAUUUUAUUUUUGUCGUUUGAUUUGCUUGUUCUUUAAUUUAUCAGAUCCACAAAAAAUACAAGAAUGAGGACAAUGGGAAAUGGAUGCCAAGUAGGGAAUUUGAGGAAAGAGGUGAAACAGAGGAAUGGUCGGGACGAUGAUGAUCCGACGAUGGAGAUGGCUGAGAAAUCGAAUCCGGUGGAAGGAACCUUCGUGCUCUCCAUACUGUUUGGGAAUCCGAUGAAGAGGAUCCGAGCAAAUAGAGGAUUGUUGAAGACCAUGGAGGAAGAGUUUUCUCGUCCACCGAUUAAUCAUGAUGAUCUUCCUAGUGAUGCAAAAGGUGACAGAAGACCAACUUCUGAGAGAGGAUCGUGGAGAAGUUCAAGAGAUCAGAGUAACCGAAGUGGUGGAGAUGAUGACAAAUCACAGCAUCAGCCGGCCAAGAUCUUCUUGUGUGAGCAGACUCCCCAUGCUUCACCUAUUCUUGUUUUCAUUCUUUCAACUGCACACAUGAAACUCAAACGCACCAAUUUGGGUUUAUCACAUUCUCAUUGUCUCGUGAGACAAAGUAGGUCCAGCACCAAGAGUGCUUCCAUGGAAACAGAGCAAACUCUUCCUCCAUGGUCUUCAACAAUCCUCUUAUCUGAAACAAAGAAGAAAUACCCAAAUCAAGAUACUAGAUCCUAUCUCAAUUCUAAAUCAGAUGAGUGUCAAGCACAAAUUCAGUACCCACAAAUCAAGAUACUUGCUCGGAUCCUCUUCAUCGGAUUCCCAAACAGUAUGGAGAGCACGAAGGUUCCUUCCACCGGAUUCGAUUUCUCAGCCAUCUCCACCGUCGGAUCAUCAUCGUCCCGACCAUUCCUCUGUUUCACCUCUUUCCUCAAAUUCCCUCUCCACUUAAUUCAAUCCACUUUCGAAUCCUACAAAAUCCUCCGUGAAUUUAAACCCCAAAUCGUCGUCGGCACCGGAGGACACGCCUCUUUCCCGGUGUAUGGUUCAGCGAGGUUGAUUUGGGGAGCGAAAGGUGAAGAGCAUGAGGCGGGGAAGAAGGAGUUCAUCGAGAUACUCAAGACACUAGAGUCUGAGGUUGGAGACAAAACUUACUUUGGAGGUGAAACGUUUGGAUAUGUUGAUAUAGCUCUCAUUGGAUUUUACAGCUGGUUUGAAGCAUAUGAGAAGUUCGGGAAUUUUAGCAUUGAAGUGGAGUGUCCAAAACUGAUUGCUUGGGCUAAACGGUGUGUGAAGAGAGAGAGUGUUGCUAAGUCUCUUCCUGGUUCGGAGAAAAUCACUAAGUUCGUUCCUGAGCUAAAGAAAAAACUUGGGAUCGAAUAGAUCUUUCUCUACGCUGAUAUGUUUUUAUGUUUCUGUUUGUGUUGCUGUUUUGCUCUAUUUUCUGUUCUGUUUCUCCCCUGUUUCGGAAAUCCUUAAGUUAAUGUCAUAACAAUAAUACAAAUAUGUACUUGAA